UUUCCACACAACUUUACCUUAUAUUAUGCCAUUGCGCGCCAUUGCCAUCCCACCACCACCACCAUGCACACACGCAAAGAUAAAAAGCCUUCAAUUAUCACCACCAAGAGCCCCCCUUACCCUUCGAUCCCUUCCCAUUUCCUCUUCCUCUCAACCAAAAUCACAGCUUUCUAAAUAAGCCAGUCACAAAAAAAAAAAAAACGCUUUCUAAAUAAGCCAUGAGAGUGCCCGUUUCUUCUCCACACAGCAACAACAAGAACCAAUCUCCCAAGCACAACCCCCAGACUAAUAACCCAAGUGUCAACUUUCACCUCGGUAUUUCGAGCUUGGGGGGCUACGAGCCCACCUCGGUUCUCGACCUCCGUCACAGCCCCAGCCCCGUCUCCGCCGAAAAACCCUCGAAAAUUUCGGCCAUCCCCGACGUGCUGUCCCACUCGAACCAUGAUCCUCUCGAGUGGGAGGAGGAGCAAGUCCUGCACAACUUGGACUGGGACUCAAUUAUGAGGGACUUAGGGUUGCACGACGAAAACGUCCCAAAUCUCAAGACUUCAAUCCCACAAUUGAAUGCAAACGAUCCUCAGAUUUCGGAGUACCCCCAUCCUCAGCCGUUCGAUGCCACCCAGCUCGUCCACUCCGAUUGGGACAUCAAUCUCUCCGAAGUGUACUCCUCCCAGAAUUGUUACGACCAUGUGACGAACGACUUCCAUCAAUCGGGCAACUGGAACGUAGGGCUUGAUUUCAUCGAGGAGUUAAUCCGCGCCGCGGACUGUUUCGACACGGACGAGUUGCAACUUGCCCAGGUGAUCCUAGACCGUUUGAACAACAGGCUGCGAUCCUCCUCCCCGUCGAAACCCGUUGGGAAGCCGCUCCAGCGCGUCGCAGUUUAUUUCAAGGAAGCUCUUCAGUCCCUCCUCAACGGCUCAGACACCGCGGCGCGCGAGUUCACUUCCUGGUCCGACAUCGUCCAGACGAUCCGCGCCUACAAGGGCUUUUCGGGAAUUUCGCCCGUCCCGAUGUUCUCUCACUUCACGACAAACCAGGCCCUACUGGAGGCUCUCAACGGCUCCACCUUCAUCCACGUCAUCGACUUCGACAUCGGCCUGGGCGGCCAGUACGCUUCCCUAAUGAAAGAGCUCGCUGAGAAAGCUGACGUGGCAAGCCGAAAUAACGGCAACCCGGUCCCACCGGUGCUUCGCAUAACUGCCGUCGUGCCCGACGAGUACGCCGUCGAGACCCGACUGGUUCGGGAGAACCUGUCCCAGUUCGCUCAGGAACUCAAGAUUAGGUUCCAGGUCGAGUUCGUCCCCCUUCGUGCGUUCGAGAUGAUGUCGUUCAAGGCCGUCAAGUUCAUGGACGGAGAGAAGACGGCGGUUCUUCUGUCUCCAUACAUCCUCCGCCGUCUCAGCUCCCAGAACAACAUCUCCGGUUUUCUCGGUAACAUGCGCCGCGUAUCGCCAAGCGUCGUGGUGUUCAUCGACGGGGAAGGGAUGGGGGAUGCCGGAACAACUUCGUUCCGGAGGAACUUCGUCUCUGGCCUCGAGUUCUUCUCAAUCAUGCUGGAGUCGCUGGACGCGGCCGUGGCGGCUUCCAGCGACGUGGUGAAGAAGAUUGAGACGUAUUUGCUGCGGCCGAAGAUUCAGGCGGCAGUGGAGGAGGCAGGGAGGCGGAUUCCGCCGUGGAGGGAAGUAUUUCAGGGGGCGGGGAUGAGGGCGGUGGAGCUGAGCCAGUUUGCGGACUUUCAGGCCCAGUGCUUGUUGGGGAAGGUCCAGGUCAGGGGAUUCCACGUGGCGAAACGGCAGGCCGAGUUGGUGCUUUGCUGGCACGAUAGGGCCUUGGUUGCCACGUCCGCAUGGAGGUGUAAUUAGCGGAGCUAAUUAACAUCAGCAGCUAGCUAGAAAACUAGCUAAUAUCUAUUAAGUAGCCUAUUCUCCUACCUAUUGGGGUUUGGGGUGUAAUUAUGUGUUAAGUGUUAAGGUAAUGAUCCCGGCCGACCAAUUUGUUUUGUUGGGUUUGGGAGUAGUUUUGCUGUUUUGGUGUAUGUUUGGUUCUCGUUGGUUUUUCGUUUUUGUAACGAUAUGCAUGCUAUUUUUAGUAAAAAAAAUUGCUCUGCGCAUGCUAUUCCUUGUUCUGUGGGGAUUGGUUUACCGGUAUACUGUACAUGCCAGGCAAUUGAAAGGAAAGUUCGUACUGCACAAGAAAAGUGGCUUUUAUAUUGGGCAGCUUAUGGAUCUUUCAGCCUUGUUGAAAUAUUUUCAGACAAGCUUAUUUCAUGGGAGCGAAGCAGUUGUACACAAACCAUCUACGCCCGUUCUUUUUGAAGCAUCAAGCUAUAAUUGAUCGAGUUUUGGUGCUCACAUAUAGCAAAGUGCACAAACUCCUUAGUGCACACAAAGCCGAGAUUGAGUAUGCUAGGGCUAUGGUCAUGAAGAUGUUGGGUUCAGGUGAGAAUGAUUACUAUCGACCACACAAGCUUGAAGUCAAAUUCUCUUACUGAGGGAUUAUAUACAAUGGAACGAUAUAUCAUUAGGUUACUUAAACUCGCCAGUGAGCGGUAGGUCUCGGGUUCGAGACUUGGGAGCAGCCUCUCCAUAAAUGUGGGUAAGGCUAGCCGACAUUCACCUCUCCCAGACCCUGCGUAAAGCGGGAGCCUUGUGCACUGGGUACGACCUUUUUUACAGUUGGUUGCCCUUUCUUGUUUUUAACAGACCAGCCGUCUAAUUCAGAUCUGCCACGGCAUAAUGCAAUUGAAGGCCAGAUUAGACCACCUAAUCCAGAUCUACCAGGGCAGAAUGCGGUUGAAGACCAGACCAGAUUAGACCAGUACCAGUUUCGGAGUCUGAUCAUGAGGAUUAGUAUUAUUACUAAAAGGAGAAUUGUUAUUGCUUUUCGCAUGUAGAGUUUUGAAACUCUUCUUUUUCCGGCGGAGGAAAGAGAGAGAAAUACACCGCUUGAAUUAGGUAGUCUAAAUCUUUUGUUUGUCUUUUAAUUAGUGAAAUCUCUGAAGUAGCAUAACAGAUUACUAAGAAAAAAAAAGAUAAACAUAUCCAAACUGUAGCUCUGUGACCUUAAUGUAAAGAAUAAGAGUGAUGUUAUUUAGACGCA